ACGGUGAAAUGUAACCAGCAGGUGUUCGUUCGUACUGUAACACCAUGUGGUGAAGUCGGUACUCUACAGUUUGACAAAUAUGAAACAAAACAAGUGUUUCGUCCAAAACAACAUGGAUGUGGCAAUGGAAUCUGGACCAUUCAUGUCUUCCAAGUCGUUGACCACAGGUUUGAAAUAAAUAGAAUAGUUUUUUAUUGUAAUCCUUUUUUUGUGUCCGAUGACUCAGAUAAAAUAAAUAGUUUACUUAGCUCUUUCAGUUCAUGA